GUGGCGUUCGACUAGAGCUGGCGUUGGCUUUGCGCUUCGGAUCCAAAAUAUUAUCCCAUAUAGAUGAUGUUGCUGAAUCAACUGUCGAGUAAAUGCUUUCAAUCGCCCAUGUAACAGUGUGAUCGAAGAAUACUUCGAAGUUCAAGUGUAAUCAAAAAUCGAAUGUGUUCAACCCAAACAUCGCGUUUUUGCAUACGCAAACUAAUUACGAACGCGUAGUGAUACAAACCAAGCUUAUUAGAAGCACACCAGUCAGCCCCAAACGAGAAUGCUUUCGAGGGAACCGUACCCGCUAGAAGUCUUAUCAUUCCAUCGGUUGAAGUCGUUGAGUAAAGUGCUACGUUUCCUUUCUCUAUGUUCUAGUAGCACGAAACAGUGCAAUUAGUAUUAACGUGAUCGGAACGCGAAUGUCCUGUGUGCGGUAGAUGUGCUGUAUAGUUUGUGAGAUAGUUUCAAAGAGAAUUGGCGUGAUCAAGUGAUGCAAGCAUGGAAUCGAUCAGAAGAAAGCUCGAUAUUAAUCCACGUGAAAAAGCCAAUUUUCUAUCAAUAGCAACGUUUUGGUGGACGAUAGAUCUGUUCAAGAAAGGAUACAGUAAAGUGCUAGAACUGCAGGACUUGUUUCGUCCUCUGGAUGCAGAUCGAUCGGAUGCAUUAGGAGAUCGCCUUGAAAAACAAUGGUUUGCUUCACAGUCCGGCCCAGGACGACCAUCGCUUAUAAAAGCGAUACUCAAAACAUUUUGGUGGGAGUACACCAUCCUCGGUUUUAUCGUGAUAGUCAACGACAUCUUCAUCAGGCUCGCCCAGCCGAUCUUUCUCGGAUUAUUGCUGCAAUAUUUUAAACAAGAUACCAAGGUGACACGCCAGGAAGUCUUCAUCUAUGCGGGUGCAAUCGUUGCGCUGAAUGCACUCAGCGUGAUCACAAUCAAUCAAUUCCUGCUCGGGAGCUUCCAAAAUGGGAUGAAAGUGCGCAUCGCAGUAUGCAGUACGAUAUAUCGGAAGGCGCUACGGCUGUCCAGAACAGCGCUAGGGGAUACCGCCCCUGGGAAGGUUGUGAAUCUCCUAUCGAACGAUGUCAAUCGAUUCGACAUCGUGUCCGUUUUUCUGCACUCCAUGUGGUCCGCUCCGCUGUUAACAUUCAUCGUCGGGGUGCUGCUGUAUCUUGAGAUCGGUGUCGCAGGCCUGAUCGGAAUGAUUGUGAUAUUUAUCGUCACCCCAAUUCAGGCGUACACCGGAAAAUUAACGUCCAGAUUCCGGCUGCAAACGGCGCUUAGAACCGACGAACGAAUUCGGCUAAUGGACGAAAUUAUCUCCGGCAUUCAGGUCAUUAAAUUGUACGCCUGGGAGAAGCCCUUCGCCAGGUUAAUCAAGCACGCUAGGAAGCUUGAGUUGAAAAUCGUUAGGAAAAGCGCCUAUGUGAGAGGUCUCUACAUGACAUUUCUGCUGUUCACCACAAGGACGGCUCUGUUCUGUACGAUGAUGGCCAUGGUCCUACUGGGAAAUAAUCUGACCGCCUCUAAGGUAUUUGUGGUAUCCUCAUACUUUGCCAUUCUGGCAAACACAAUGUCCGCGAUGUUUGUCCGAGGUAUCGCCGAAAUAGCUGAGGCGCUUGUGGCAAUGAGACGUCUGCAGACAUUUUUGGAGUUCGAAGAGAAAGAAGGUGAACGGGUUGGCGCUGAACAAAAAUUCCUCAAAGACUUCGGUGGAAUCGGAGAUUCAUCGGAAAAGCAGAAGCUAAUCGAGUCGGACACCCAACUGCCAGCGAACGUAGCGAUCUCAAUGAAAAAUGUAACCGCUCGAUGGGGCGCUGUGAAACAGCAAGUACAGCCCAAAAUGCAAAGUGAUGCCAAAAAUGGGUCUCCUCCAGUGCCAAAAAUUGUCAACACGGUUCAACAGAUGGAAGAGGAGAACGACGAAACCUGGAAAACGGCCACCCUCUCCAAUAUGAACAUCGACUUCCGGAAAGGCAUUCUGAUAGGUGUAAUAGGACCGGUAGGGGCCGGUAAAUCUUCCCUACUUCAAGCAAUACUCAAGGAGCUUCCACUAGAAUCCGGAACGAUCGUAAGCAAAGGUAAAUUCGCGUAUGUCAGCCAAGAGCCAUGGGUGUUCGCUGGCACUGUCCGGCAGAACAUUUUGUUCGGGCUUCCUAUGGAGCGGGAUCGUUACGAUUCCGUCGUGAUGGCGUGUGCUCUGUUGCGGGACUUCGAGCAGCUUCCUCACGGGGAUAAGACCAUAAUAGGAGAGCGUGGUGCGGCCCUCUCCGGUGGACAAAAGGCAAGAAUAAGCUUAGCACGGGCAGUUUAUCGACGGGCCGACAUAUUCCUGUUGGAUGACCCGCUGAGCGCGGUUGAUGCCCAUGUAGGUCGUCAUUUGUUCGACAUCUGCAUUGGCCCCCGCGGAAGGCUGGGUAAAAUGAAAGCAACACGAAUUCUGGUGACGCACCAGGUGCACUUCCUGAAAGAGGCCGACUGGGUGGUGGUGAUGGAUGAGGGCAAAGUGACGAUGCAAGGUACCCCAUAUGAUCUGUCCAAGAAUGGGGUAGAUUUCGUUGAGCUUCUACAAAAGAUGGAAGAGGAGACGGGUGACGGAGACAGUUCGAUCGUCACAUCGGGCAAGCGAAGUCGUAAGGAUUCGCAAACUUCGAUACGAUCGAACGCAUCGUCCCAUCGAUCGCUGGAUGAUUUCACCGAAGACGAACUAUCCGAGAAUGAGAAGACGGCGAAGGACAGAUCGAAAUCUCCAGAACAGGAUCAACAUGUGGAACAAAGCUCCAAAGGAAAGGUUGAGGGAUCGGUUCUGCUAAACUAUAUUCGUUGCGGGGCAAAUCCUUGCGUAAUUGUUGCGUUGAUAAUACUUUUCCUAGCGACGCAAUUGGCCGCAAGUGCGGCUGAUUUAUGGGUUGCAUUUUGGACCUCCCAGGAAGAACAACGUUUCUACCUCAGCAGCAAUAUUACCGACGAGGUAGCUGUCGAUCGAUCAAACUCUUCUGAGCUGUUAUCAGACGAAUAUUCGUUCGAAAAUCCUUUACUGAGUACGGAACUCUGUAUGAUUAUACAUGGAAUUCUAGUAACAAGCAUUUUUCUGUUUGCGAUAACAAGGUCAAUCAGCUUUUACAAAACAUCGGUUCACGCAUCUCAAAACCUGCAUGACAGCAUGUUCAAAGGUUGCGUCUCGACGACGAUGAGGUUUUAUGAUACAAACCCUUCCGGGCGGAUAUUGAAUCGAUUCUCCAAAGAUAUGGGAUCGGUGGAUGAGCUAUUGCCGAAGGCAAUCCUCGACGCUUCCCAGAUUAUCCUCAGCAUGUUAGGCACAAUUAUUGUGACGGUGACUGUGAAUCCUUGGUUUUUAGUUCCGAUGGCCUUUCUAGCGGUCAUCUUCAUGUACAUACGCCGAAUAUAUUUGAAAACGUCCAAGAACAUCAAACGACUGGAAGGAAUUACACGUUCCCCCGUGUUCUCCCAUCUGGCUGCUUCACUGGCAGGCCUUCCAACGAUCCGUGCUUUCAAUGCACAGACAGAGCUUGUUCAGGAGUUCGAUUCCCACCAGGAUAUUCACACGGCCGCUUUCUACAUGUUCAUCGCCAGCAGCACGGCGUUCGGCUUCGUACUCGACCUGCUCUGUUUGGUGUUCGUGUUCAUCGUGGUGUUCAGUUUUCUGAUCCUCGACACCGAUGUGCUCGGCGAUCGAGUGGGACUGGCGAUCACCCAGGCGAUGGCCCUCACCGGGAUGAUGCAGUGGGGCAUUCGGCAAAGCGCCGAGGUGGCAAACUUUAUGAUGUCCGUGGAGCGAUUGCUGGAGUACCGAGAUCUACAGCCGGAGAAGCAACCGGAGCAGCCAAGAGUUUUGAGCAAGGGUUGGCCGGAAGCUGGCAGGAUACAGUUUAAGAAUGUGACCUAUCGGUACUUCGAGGGUGGGAAUACAGUAUUGAAGAAUUUAGACUUCGAAAUAAGUCCUAGGGAGAAGAUUGGAAUCGUUGGUCGCACUGGAGCGGGUAAGUCCUCAUUGAUUGGGGCACUGUUUCGCUUAGCGCAGGUAGAAGGAGAUAUCCUCAUUGACGGUGUGAAUACGGGCGAAAUUACUCUGGAAAAACUUCGAUCGAAAGUCGCGAUUAUUCCACAAGAUCCGGUUCUGUUCUCCGGAACCUUGAGGAGAAAUCUAGAUCCGUUUGAAGAAUUCCCCGAUUCUGAUUUGUGGAGCGCGUUGGAACAAGUAGAACUGAAGGAUAUCGCAAAUGGACCGUUGGGUCUCCAAAUGGCUGUUGCCGCUGGUGGUUCUAAUUUCAGCGUUGGUCAACGCCAAUUAAUUUGUUUGGCGAGAGCCAUCCUUCGGAGCAAUCGUAUAUUGGUUUUGGAUGAAGCCACAGCAAAUGUGGAUCCGAGCACGGAUCGGCUAAUCCAGGAAACAAUUCGUGUUAAGUUUGCCGACUGUACCGUCCUGACCAUAGCUCAUCGUUUGAACACCAUCAUGGACUCCGAUCGAGUGCUAGUGAUGGAUGCGGGAGAGUCUGUCGAAUUCGGAACGCCAUAUGAUCUGUUACAAUUGCCGGUUGGCGUUUUCAAAGAAAUGGUUCUCGCCACCGACCCGGUCGAGUCGGAAAGACUAAUACAAAUAGCCAAACAAAAAUAUGAGACCGCCACGAGUGAAUGAGGACGGUUUUUUUGUUCCGAUAGUACAAAAGUGGCCUUGUAAUUCAUCAUAAUCUAAGCGUCACAUUUUAAUUUAUUCCCAGUAAUCGAUAACUGUCGCGAACAAUCGUUCUGAGAACGAUACAGUAGUAGUUUAUAAUAAUCAUACUGGAAUUUAAUCAAUCUCAUAAACCUCAAUUCUAACCAUCUUAUAUUCUUUGCGAAUACCUACGAGUCAGAUGCAAGUUUUGUAUAUAUGAUUUAUACAAAAUAUAUAUUUUUCCUCUCAUACAACGAUCAA